AUGUCAGAGCUCGUAGUGGCAGCAACGAAGACCUGCAAGUCCUGCGGCUGCGACCGCCUCCAGCACUCGGUUUACCACGAGGAGCUCGGCUCGGUGCGUGACAGGCUCGGCCUGCGCGAUACGCGAGUCAACCACCACGCUUACGACAGCCCGCCAGGCUUGACUGCUAAGCAGACGGAGCUUUUCUGGGCCUCGCUAGCGGAGCGCGCGCCUAACAGCGUAGGUGGCGCCACUGGGGCGGCCGCUUGGCGCGCUUGGCGGAUCCGCGCGUUGGCCACUCAGCUGCCGAAGCAGGACCUCUCGCUGUCCCACUGUCGCCAUCUGGAUGACGCCCAUCGUAAACAGUUCGAGGACUUCGUGGCGGCGAGGAACGAGAUCGCCCUCGAUAUAGGUAUCGCCUACCAGCAUCAUGGUGCCUCUAUCGAAUGCAUGGGAUGCAGUAAGCCUAUUCGCAAUGGGUCUAUUGCGGUGCAGGCGCCGCGGAUAGGUGAAGAGGUGGCCUACCACCCGGCAUGCUUCACGUGUUCGGAUUGCGGCGAGCUGCUAGUGGAGCUGUCGUACUGCGCUCUGGACGGCAGGCCGUACUGCGUGCGCCACUACUCGGAACGGCUGAAGCCGCGCUGCCACGCCUGCGAUGAGAUAGAG